CCCCAGCGGGCUGGGCAGGGGGCAGCCGCGCCCUCAGCCUCCAUCCUCCGCGGCCCCCGCGUCUCUGGCUCGGGAUGGAAGGUGUCUGCCCGGACCUGGGCCUAGAGCCUCGGGUCGCCCACCGCUGGCUAGUGGCCCGUUGCAUUCCCAAUGGGAACCGUUGUGGGCCCCUCCCUGGCUCCCUGCACCUUCCCGGGUUUCCUAGAAGAGAGUCGUUUCUGGGCGAAUAGCGCGGGGCUUCGGAGUCGGAGAGGGUCCUGGGUUCAUAUAUCAAAUAUAUGGGUUCUUUGGCAAAUGGGUUCUUCUCACUCGUUAAACCUCGGUAGCAAAAGCGACUACCUUGUACCGUUGUUGAGGACCAAACGAUAUCACCGUCUUACUUCAGUAUCUGCUAUGCAGCAAGAGUCAGUAAAUGUUAGCUGUUAUUCCCAACUCCCCGUCACACCUCUUGUUAAACAAACAAAACUAGAACAGGGGGUGUUUGCCUCAUUAAACUCUUCUACUCAUCAAAGCAGUUUGGCUCCCCAGCGCUUAAGACUUCAGCAGCUUGGAUUAAUUAGAAGGAAGUCAAUUGCACCAGCAAAUGGAAAACUAGGAAGAAGCAAAUCCAAGCAAUUGUUUGACUACUUAAUUGUCAUUGAUUUUGAGUCGACGUGUUGGAAUGAUGGGAAACGCCACCAGAGCCAGGAAAUAAUUGAAUUUCCAGCAGUACUUCUGAACACAUCAACUGGAGAGAUUGAGUCUGAGUUCCAUGCUUAUGUUCAGCCUCAGGAACAUCCAAUCCUUUCUGAAUUUUGCAUGGAACUGACAGGCAUAAAACAGGAUCAAGUUGAUGAAGGGGUCCCUUUGAAGAUUUGCUUAUCUCAGUUCUGUAAAUGGAUUCAGAAGAUUCAGCAACAGAAGAAAAUUACUUUUGCCGCUGGAGUUUCAGAUACAUCUACCCCUGAAGUAAAAUUAUGUGCAUUUGUGACUUGGUCAGAUUGGGACUUGGGGGUUUGCCUGGAAUAUGAGUGUAAAAGAAAACAGCUGUUAAAACCUGUGUUCUUAAAUUCUUGGAUUGACCUCAGAGCAACUUACAAGAUUUUCUACAGCAGAAAACCAAAAGGACUAAGUGGUGCCCUGCAGGAAGUGGGAAUAGAAUUCUUGGGACGAGAACAUUCCGGGUUGGAUGAUUCUCGGAACACUGCCCUCCUUGCUUGGAAAAUGAUCAGGGAUGGUUGCUUAAUGAAAAUUACAAGGUCCUUGAACAAGGUCCCCCCUAAGAAGAAUCUCAACAUUUUGGCCAGAAAUCUGAAUACGAAUCAAGUUGAAGAAAAAUCGGCUUGCAACAGUGGUGUUUGGCAUUCCAGCAUAUGUGAUAGGCAGCCUAAAAAUACCUUACUUUAUCAUGAAAAGGUUCAAAUGUCAGUUGGUGGGAAUUCUGUAAAGGUACAGCAAGGUGAGUUACAACCUAGGAGCAAUAUAAGCGUGGGUCUUUGCAAUGCCACUAGCGCUUCCUCUCUCUUAAAUACUCGGUCCUCUACUUCUGGGUGGCACUUGCGGAGUCCCAGCUUGACUGCACUUAUGCAGGAGCCAAUCAGAAGCGAGCAUUGUGCACUGGAUACCAAAUCAAAGUCUUCAACAAUUGGUUCAGAAAUGGUACUUGUUUCCACGACCCUCUCAUCUGUUAAUCAGGUUUCCGAUAUGGAAAUGAGCUCCGCUCUUGACUGUUUGCCUAUGCUCGCCGACUGGGAGGAGGUAGCUCUACUGCCAGCAUCUCAGCCUGAGCAAAACGCAGACUGUGUACCUCCUCCCAUCAGUGACUCCGACUUAGACACUUGGCUUAAUUCUGAAGAACGAUUAAUGGUUUUAGAGGAAUCUGAACUGCUGAGCCAUGAGACCUUAGCAGCCACAGAAGAAACCCCUCAAAAAUCUGAGACUGCGAAGGCAGUUGUGUAUAAGAGUCCCCAUACUACUAUUUAUAAUGUGAAAGAAGCCAAAGAUCCAGGUUCAGAUAUUUCUAACUUUAAGUUACCUGAGUGCAGAUCAAGUAGCUUCAACAGUGUUAAGGCUGGUACGUCUCAUCCUUCAGAGUUGGGGACACAUGCUCUUUUAGAUGGCACUAAGAGGAAACCAUCCAGUCCCACUGCUUUCCCACCAGCAAAAAAACAGACCUUCACCAUUCAUGAAGAAAAGCCGACAUCAUCUGAUGGCUCCCCCAUGAGAAGUUCUUCCUGGAAGGUUCUCUCUUCUAUCUUAACUUCUACAGUUAACCUACAAGGGCCUUGGAAGAGUGGCAAAAUGACCCCUCCCUUAUGCAAGUGUGGCCGGAGAUCUAAGAGACUUGUUGUUUCAAAUAAUGGACCGAACCAUGGAAAAGUCUUCUAUUGUUGUCCCAUUGGCAAAUACCAAGAAAACAGACAAUGUUGUGGUUAUUUCAAAUGGGAACAAACGCUCCAAAAGGAAAGAGCCAAGAGCAUAGCUCAGUCUCCGUCCUCACGGGGACUCGCUUUUCGUUCUCCAGAAACAAGCCAUAUUUGUGACAGAAAUAUAAAUGUUUCUACUAAAAAUUCGUUAAGACUCAGACCUUCAAUGAGGAAUUGAUAAACUUUCCCUACAUAUGAACUAUGUUUUUACUUUAAUGUGACUUUUUUAGUGGUAAAGAGAAAGAAAAUAUAUAGGGCUGCAAGUUCUGAGGACUUAGCAUAUCUGAGCACUGAAGACUACACGAGGGCUGUUAUACACCUGUACGCGCGCACAUGCACACACACACCCUGAAAACAGAAAAAGUAAAUUUCACAGGCUUCUAAUUUCACUCACCAGUUACCUAACUUUUGUCUUUUGUUCAUGUAUGAAUCCUCAUUGUCCCUUGAAUUCCCAAACAUUAUGAAUAUUCUGAAAAUGUCUUACACUAUUUUAUUUAUAUUUCAUAUAUCAUGUGCCAAAUUUACCAUACUUUUUUGAAGAACCACAAAUGAAAUAUUUUGUAAACUAUGUUUAUUAAAGUAAAUAUAAUAAGCCAUAAUAGUAUAUCUUUCUUUUACAGUCAGACCUUGAAACAGAUUUUGAUUUUUUGAAUAAAAAUAUGACUAAUAAAAAUCCCUAGCCUAUUUUCAGGUAGAUACUUUUAUUUAGAGAAUUAUGAUAAUCUAACUGACAUUUUUGUUUUCUUGGGUUUUUUAAAAAUAUUUUUAUUUAAAAUAUAGCUAAAGUACAAUAUUUUAUUAG